UGGUGACGUCGCUUGUUGCUCCUUGUUAGAAGUUCCUCUUGCCGAUGCAUCUCCGAUAGACCCAUGGUGGCCGAGACUGGCCGCCAUAGUAAGCAGGAUAUCAAUGAUUAUCGCUACUGCAAUUGAUCGGUGUAGGGGAAUCCUCGGUGCUGGCGCUCGGCUCAAGCGUACAUCCUGAGCAGCAACAUGGAAUCGUAGAAGCGAGAAAAAGAAUAUAUAUACACUUCUAAAGUCUCUUGAUCUCGUCGGUAUACAAACUACAACACUUCCUUGACAUACAAGUUCUCCAGAACCUACGAACCCUCUGCAACAAUGCGUUUCAUCUUCAUCGCUGCUCUCGCCCUCGUUGGCUCUGCUUUUGCCUCCCCUCAGGCCAAGCUUCCUGCCGGCCAGCCCUGCAAGCAAGACGGAAGUCUGGGAGUCUGCGACAGUGGUCUCUGUGUUCAACUUCCUGGCCAGCCCCAGGGUGUGUGCAAAUAAGCCCUGGUAGAGAAAUUACGGGGAGAAAUGCAGCACGUGCGGCUCCAGCCCCGUUGCAUUUCGAAU